GUUCGAUCUACAGUACGCGCCUAUCCCGCACAACGCCGCCGCAUCCACGACCAAGCAGAACCAUUCAGUCACAGGUGCGUCGUACACAUGGCUUUGAAGAUGGACGAGAAAGAAGACGUGUUCACACGGCUUUAUGGACAAGACACAUGCACCGCGGCGACACGGAAGCGCCAACCAUCCGCGCCCAAACACAAUCGGGCGAUGCGGUCAGCAAAGUCGUGCCCAAUGCUCGAUGCGGCUGUGGCGGCAGUGCGACUUGAUAUAUCGUGAUUCCUGUGGAUGCUCAGGACGUUGUUGUAGAUGUCGCUCUCCGCCUUGCCGUGCCCCCAGGCAACGCUUGACGGCGACCCGAACGAUCCCCAUACCCUCCUUCGCGGUGUGUUUCAAUUCUACUGCCGAUAUGGCCGCACGGGCGCGCACGGCACGUCUGAAACCACCCUAGACAACGCCAACUUUGCCAAGUUCUGCAGGGAGUGCCCCGACCUCGUGGGAGGAUCGCCGCGCUUUUCGACCGUCGACAUCGACUUGAUCUUUGUUAAAGUCAAAGCCAAAGGCGCCCGGCGGAUAUCGUACCCCAUGUUCCUCGAAGCCCUCGGCAUCAUUGCGACAAAAAAGUACCCGGCCAUGGGACUGACGAGUGCACUGCCGACGCUGCUGGACGCGCACAUUGCCAAGCUGAGCUGUCUCGACAGUGCGCGCUCUCCCGGCAAGUCCACGUGGCGCCGUCGAGUGGCGGGGACCGAAGCGAACGAUGUCACGGCCAUGAUAGACAUUAAACACGAGACGGCGGUCCACUCGGUCAGAACGUCGGACGUUUUGACUGCGGACCUUCCACAGCACCACCACCGCCGUGUGUUGAAGGAUCAAGUCGACGGCGGCAACAACCAGCAGAUCGACGGCGAGGUCAUACCUCCUCCACCACCUCCCAUCGUCGCCAAACACACUGCCGAGAGCCGCGUUGUUAUUGCCACCAACUUGUAAACAUCAGUGUCGUCCUAAUGUAGCAUGAAUCUCCUCCCUUCAUGGCCCGAUUGCUGUCAAGCGAGUUCGACGGUCCUAUUCGUUGGUGUGUUGAUUGUCC